GACCCAGCAAAAUGCUUCGUCGCAAGCCAUCGUCCGCGGCAGGUGCCAAUGCAGACAACUCUGCUGCUACUGCUGAUGCUGCCAACAAGCGCGUUCGUGUGGAUGGCGAUGCCGACGUCGCAAGUGCAAUCGUGCCCGCUGCCGAGUCCGCACAUGUCGUCGCUCAGUUCGUGGCCGAAGACGGAUCCACAACCGGUCCGCCGCUUGACUUGCCACUGAAUGUUACGCCGGAUCAACUUCGCAUUCUGCUCAACUCGUUGCUGAAGGCUGAGGAGGACGACACUCCGUACUCGUUCUUUGUUAACGAAGAGGAAGUCACUGAAACGGUGCACAGUGCUUUCGCCAAGCAAGGACUCUCGUCGGAAGUUGCUCUGCAGAUUCUCUACGUGCCCCAGGCAGUCUUCCGAGUACGAGCUGUGACGCGCUGCACCAGCUCAAUGCCAGGUCAUUCGGAUUCUGUAACGACGGUUGCUUUCAGUCCCGACGGCACUCGGCUUGCAAGUGGCUCGGGCGAUACGACCGUUCGAUUCUGGGAUGUGCGCACACAAACACCAGAACAUACUUGCACAGGACAUAAACACUGGGUUUUGGCAAUCGCGUGGUCGCCCGACGGCAAGCAUGUCGCCACUGCUGAUAAGAACAGCCAAAUUUAUGUGUGGGAUGCCGAGAAUGGAAAGGCCAAGUGCGGUCCAAUGACUGGCCAUUCGAGCUGGGUGAAUUGGAUUUCUUGGGAGCCUGUGCAUCUCAACCCCGAAUGUCGCCGCUUUGCGACUGCUUCCAAGGACGGCACUGUCAAGAUUUGGGAUAUUUUGCAAAAGCGAUGCCUCAUGACCUUUGCCCAGCACACAAAUUCCGUCACAUGUGUCAAGUGGGGAGGCGAAGGCUUGAUUUACACUGCAUCUCAGGAUCGCACCAUCAAAGUGUGGCGCGUUGCGGAUGGCGUCAUGUGUCGCUCGUUGACAGGCCACGCUCACUGGGUGAACGUCAUGGCACUGAGUACAGACUACGUCUUGCGUACUGGUGCUUUCGAUCACACCGGCCGUGCCCCAGCCACGCCUGAAGAAGCCAAGACUCGAGCCCUUGAGCGCUAUAAUGCUGCCUUGGCUGGCGGACGAGAGCGCCUCGUGUCAGGCUCGGACGACUUCACAAUGUUCCUGUGGGAUCCCUCCGAAAGCAAGCAGCCAAUCACCCGCAUGACUGGCCACCAGCAAGUUGUCAACCAUCUGUCAUUCUCGCCCGACGGUCGUUACAUUACCAGUGCUUCGUUUGACAAGAGCGUCAAGCUUUGGGACGGUCGCACUGGAAAAUUCAUUUGCACCUUCCGAGGGCAUGUCGGUCCAGUUUACCAAGUGGCUUGGUCGGCAGACUCUCGCUUGUGUGUGUCUGCCUCGAAGGACAGUACGAUGAAGGUCUGGGAUAUGGCGAGCAAGCACCUCAAGUUUGAUCUUCCCGGGCACGCGGAUGAGGUAUUUGCUGUCGAUUGGUCCCCCGACGGUGAAAGCGUGGCAAGUGGCAGUCGAGACACGAUGGUCAAGAUCUGGCGAUCAUAAGGCGCGCGCUCUGGCCCCUCUGUGCGACAAGCCUCAAUCCGCCGACACCAUCGUUGCUGAUUAACACGAUUCGAGUUGUUUCAUUCUCUGCUUUGAUUUGUUGUUGGAAUACACAAACACGCGACAGUCAAAAACCA